AUGGCAGAAGAAUCACAAAACGGCGUCGUUCUGUUUGAGAAAUACGAAAUUGGUAAAUUGCUCGGAGUUGGCGCGUCGGCGAAGGUGUAUCACGCGACAAAUAUCAAAACCGGGAAGCGCGUGGCAGUUAAAGUUAUGAACAAGAGAAAACUCAUCAAUGGAGGCUUCUCAGCAAACAUUGAGCGUGAGAUCUCAAUUCUCAGUAGUUUGCAUCACCCUAACAUCAUCAACCUCUUUGAAGUACUCGCGUCGAAGACCAAAAUCUACUUCAUCGUUGAAUUGGCCUCCGCCGGUGAGCUCUUCGAAGAGGUAGCAAAGCAAGACAAACUCACCGAAGAACAUGCUAGAAAAUACUUCCGGCAGCUUAUCUCUGCCGUGAAACACUGUCACUCUCACGGUGUUUUCCACCGCGAUCUCAAACUGGACAAUCUCUUGCUAGAUGAGAAUGAUAAUCUCAAGGUAACCGAUUUCGGUUUAAGCGCCGUGAAAAACCAGAUCCGGCCUGACGGUUUACUUCACACCGUUUGUGGUACACCGUCCUACGUGGCACCGGAGAUUCUCGCGAAAAAAGGGUAUAACGGUGCGAAAGCUGAUGUAUGGUCGUGCGGCGUUGUUUUGUUUGCUAUUACUGCGGGAUAUUUACCGUUCAAUGAUUAUAAUAUUACCGUGCUGUAUCGGAAGAUUUACCGCGGUCAAUUUCGUUUCCCGAAAUGGGUUUCUUGUGAUCUGAAGAAUCUCUUAUCGAGGUUGUUGGAUACGAACCCUGAGACGAGGAUUAGCAUUGAUGAAAUUCUUGAAGACCCCUGGUUUAAUUCGGGUGGAUAUAAACUGGACCGGGUUUUAGUUAAAGAACAGGAGUUGGAGGAAAGUCGAACCGGGUUUAAAACGUUGAACGCGUUUGAUUUGAUAUCGUUUUCAACCGGGUUGGAUAUUUCGGGUUUGUUUGAGGAUCAAAACGGGUCGGGUUUAGCUGAAUGGGUUGUUUCGAGGGACACACCUGAGCGGAUUCUUGAGAGGGUGGAGGAGGUGGUGAAAGGCACGACGGUGGUUGUGACAAAAAUGAAAAAUUGUGGUGGAGCAAAAUUGGAAGGGCAAGAAGGUAAUUUGAUAGGUGUUGUUCUGGUUUACCGGCUAACGGAUGAAUACGUGGUAGUUGAAAUGAAGAAGCGAGGAAAGGGGGAUGAACUUGGGACGAAAUUGUGGAAAAAUAAAUUGCGACCUUUGUUUGUUGAGUUGGCUCAUAAACCGGAAGAGCCGGUUUCCCGUUGA